AUCACCUACGCGCCGACUAAUACGCCAUUUCUAUCGUCAAACGUUCUGGUAUCGACUUAUAACGUGUCGACAUCAGCAAACGCGUUCGACAGUUUAAACGAUUGUUUAUUGUUCAACAGAGUACACAUACAUAUACACAGACCCACGGUACCCAAUUCUAUAAAACGUUUUUAAACGGAGAGUUCGAAAAAAGGAAAACAGUUACGAUGUUGUUACGAUAUUAUCGAGAAUUAAAUAACAUCGUUGUAAUUAUUCCCAAGGAUUUUUCAACUCGAUUACGCGCAACAUUUGUUUAAAUAAAUUACGUUGAUACGAGAUAAAAUCAUAUAUUAUACAUUUUGUCUUAACUUGGAGCGAUUUUAAUCGACAUACGAUCGAAGAAGGAGACCAACAACAAAACAUUCGGAAAGGUGACCGAAAAAUCUUCUAUUCGCCUGCAUUGCGGAUUAAAGUUCGUAAUAUCAAAUCUUGGUCGGUUAGAUUCGAUCGAUAAAGUGUCGUGGUCUUCAUCGGUUGGAAGAGAAGGAGAGAAGAAGAAGAAAAUAAAACAAAACAAAAAUAAAAAGGCUAGGGUUUUUUUGGAAAGAUCUUCUAUGCGGCAAGAACCCCAAAGCGGCUUGAAAACGCGACCUCCGGUCGAUCUCGGUGGUCUUCAUCACGGCGGGGUCAUGCUCGAGGAAGACAUGGCCGGUGCCCAGGACACAAUUUACCUUUGCAAUUUUCGCGUGUCCGUUGACGGUGAAUGGCUCUGUUUGAAGGAACUCCAGGACGUCGAGUUUUCUUUACAAGACUCGAUACAACGUUCACCUUCCCCACCUUUACCUUUAAGUGGUAUUGAUCAUCCUCAUCGUCGUCGGCAACAACUGUUAUCCGAUCAGCGGGAUUUUCGCGAUGCAUUGCCACCAACUCCUCCACCGCCGCCGCCAUUGCGUCACGUCUCAAGCUUGUCACGAGACCCGGUGAUCAUCGAAAGGAGUAAUCUUGUAAACAUUUCUAAAUUGAUCGUGAAAGAGCUCAUCGAAACUUCAUUGAAAUAUGGACGCAUGCUCGAUUCGGAUCACAUGCCUCUGCAACAUUUCUUCAUCGUUUUAGAACACGUACUCAGGCAUGGUUUACGACCGAAGAAGGGUUUACUUGGACCCAAGAAGGAGCUUUGGGACAUCCUUCAACUCGUGGAGAAAUACUGUUCUGAAGCACAAGAUAUUACAUCCAGUAUUCGCGACUUGCCGACGGUUAGAACUGCCAUGGGCCGGGCGCGUGCCUGGCUUCGUAUGGCACUCAUGCAAAAGAAGUUAGCUGACUACCUAAAGGUUUUAAUCGAUCACAAGGAUGACAUUUUGUCUGAAUAUUUCGAACCGGAUGCUUUGAUGAUGAGCGAGGAAGCUAUAGUGGUAAUGGGCUUGUUAGUUGGUUUGAAUGUGAUCGAUUGUAAUUUCUGCGUAAAGGAAGAAGAUCUCGAUUGUCAACAAGGUGUGAUCGAUUUUUCGUUAUAUUUGCGUAAUAGCAAUCACAUACCUGGAGAAUCACCUGAUGACGAACUAGAAAAUGACAACAUGACAACUGUCCUCGAUCAAAAGAAUUACAUCGAGGAACUUAAUCGACAUUUAAAUGCAACCGUGACGAAUCUCCAAGCGAAACUUGAAUCUCUAACUACGACGAAUGCAUUAAUGAAAGAAGAUUUGUCUAUCGCAAAGAAUAAUUUUCUAUCGUUGCAAGAAGAGAAUAGGCAACUUAAGAAAGAAUUAGGCAUAGAAAUAAAAGAUGCUAAUGAGAACGGCAAGGCUCCUAUUAAAAUAACGGAAACUACGACGGAAAUCGAAGAACUUCGAAGUAGACUCGAAUCGGAGAGAAAAUUGCGACAGGACACGGAAAGGGAAUUACAAUUACAGAUAAGUAUGAAGUCCGAGAUGGAGGUGGCGAUGAAAUUGUUAGAAAAAGACAUCCACGAGAAGCAGGAUACCAUAAUAUCGCUUAGGCAACAACUCGAUGACAUCAAACUGAUCAACUUGGAGAUGUACAAAAAAUUACAGGAAUGUGAAGCUUCCCUUAAGCAUAAGACAGAACUGAUCAAAAAAUUGGAGGCUAAAACACUCUCGAUGACCGAGACAUUCCAGAAACUGGAUGAACAGCGCAAGGAAUUGGACGGAGUUAAAGCAAGGACCGAGGAGAAGGCCAAGGUUUUAGCUGCCGAGGCUGCUGAGAGGACAGCACGAGCCAAGGAUUUUGAGAGGGAAUUACGAGUUGAACGGGAAUGGAGAACGUCUCUUCAAGAAUCAUCAAUCUCGAACGCGGAAAGGAUUUCUCAAUUGCGUCAAGAAAACGAUCAGCUUAAACAAAUGUCCGAGAAAUACGUAACACUCCAGGAAGAAUAUUACGCGUUAAAGGAAAUCUGUUCGGAACAAGAAAUAACUCUCGAGGAACUUGGGAUGCAGUUGAGCGCAGCUAAACUUGCGACGGUCGAAUUACGGGAGGCUGCUGACAAUGCACAACGGCAGUCGCAGCAAGAUGGCGGCGGUAGUGCAUGGGCGGACGAUCGACAGGUAACCCAUUGCAAGGGUUGUAAUCGUGAGUUCAACAUCACUCGUCGUAAGCACCACUGCCGUCAAUGUGGAAAUAUAUUUUGCAAGAACUGCAGCGACAAUACAAUGUCAUUGACUGACAAUUCUAAACAAGUUAGAGUAUGCGACGAGUGUUACGUUUUGUUGGUUGGCCGAUACUCGGUUAUGCUUUAACUUGUAAUUCUUUUAAUGAGAUUAUAUUGAAGGUGUAACAUGUAAGGAAGAAAAGGAAGAAGAAAAAGAAGAAAAAUGAAAGAGAAGAAAGAAAGGAGAAUCGGAAGAAAAUAGAAUGGGGAUCUAUGAUGGAAUAAGACGCCUUUUACCUCUCUCUCUCUAUCUCUCUCUCUCCUAUUUUCAUUGUCUAUUCUUAGCACGCAUUUUGACGGACGAAAAAGUAGAGUUCGAACUUUCCUGCUUCUUGAUAUUUUCUUACGUUUACUUUUAUCCCUUUUUUUUACCUUCCCCCACACGACCCACACCCACCCCGGUUCCGGAAACUUUUUCUUAUACAAGUAUAAUACUUUUCUCAACCGAGAAACCGGUAUAACAAAUUUUUCUACAAUUUUCAUCUACCUACCAAGCCGAUUCUUUCAAUAUUUUUUUUUCUCCC